UAUCCUUCAACUGUGCUCGUUUGUAGCAUCGUUGAUCAGUUUGAUGAUUGGUACUUCUGUCCUCAUCAUCUAUGACACUUGCUAUGCAAAUGACCGGGUAUUGAAAUCGUUAAUGAAUUCUCGCCCGCGUCGCAUAUGUUGCCUUAUACUGAUGGCGUAUCCGUCCCUGGCUCUGGCAGUUUCGACCUUGGCUUUGAUGACAUGUAAAUUUGUAUGCACGUCCCAAUCUCGAGUUGUUAAUAUCAACACCCUUCUAGCCUUCUUUAUAGCUGGUUUCACAUCCGACAAACUCUUCGUGAAAAUUAUGACUGCAACAACCUAUUUAGCACUGCUUUUCCUCGGCGCACUCGCAGUAUAUGUAUUCAGCGAACGUAUAAAGGAGAUUGCUUCACACGAAGAAGAUAAUCAUACCACAGAUAUCCGUGAUAGCGGGAUUUCUCAAGACAAACCAGCGCAUUCGGGCAGCCGUCAGGUCUAGGGGGAGGGUUACGCCAUUAGCUGAUGGUAUGGACGGACGUGUUACCGUUGAUGUCUUAUUUGUUAAGAUGUUUGCGUUGUUUUGAACUAGUGCUUUGCAUUGUUCUAUGUACUCGGCAAGUGUUAUAUCUGACCAGCCCGGAAUUGUGUACAGUAGUGCUGGAAAGAAAGC